ACAUAUUCAGACACCUUGUUCCCUAAAUCCACACCCUUCUAUACGCUUCGUAUAGGGCUAUACGAAGCGUAUAGGGUUGCUUUUCCCGACCAACUUCUGCACCUCGUACAACGUCACAUCAGUCAACUUAUACGGGGAGUCUAGGCCUGUACGAGGGGCCAAUACGAAGGCCCUUAGACGCCUCGUAUAGACCUAUACGAGGCGUCUUGGACUGACCGAUUUGACUAUGAAGGGACUAUGUCUGACAUGACUUAAAGGCAUACGGGGAGUAAAGACCUAUACGAGGCGUCUUUAGCUCCCAUAAAAUGCAACCUACAGUGCGUUCUUGGUCCACAUCCGAGGUUUCAACAAAAAACCACUCACAUUCUGUUUGUUUUUUUAUUUGUGUUUGCGUUAUUAUCAUCCCGGAGUGUUGAAAUGUCAUCAUAUUGGAACGGCAACUAUAUCUUCGGGCAAUAUUCUAGCGAAAACUGGGGGCACGAAAGCGUUCCGGUAACAGUUAUUAGCGUAAAUGUUAUAAUUACUUGUUGUUUUCGUUUAUUAUUUACUAAUGAUGAUACGGUUGUCUAUUUUGGAGGAGUCUGGCAUUCCCGAUUCUAAUGAGCAAGAGGAGGUUGUGUCUAGUAUACAAGGAAAACAAAACAGCCCGUUUCUAGAUUUGAACAAGCAUCCUCCUGUUGAUGAAACAGCCCCUGUAGAUGACUCAUACCCUGCUAGUGGAUACGGAGGAGACGGUGGAUACGGAGGAGACGGUGGAUACGGAGGACACGGUGGAUACGGAGGAGACGGUGGAUACGGAGGAGACCGUGGAUACGGAGGAGACCGUGGAUACGGAGGAGACGGUGGAUACGGAGGAGACGGUGGAUACGGAGGAGACCGUGGAUACGGAGGAGACGGUGGAUACGGAGGAGACGGUGGAUACGGAGGGGACGGUGGAUAUGGUGGAUACGGUGGAUACGGGGGAUACGGUGGAUACGGAGGAGACGGUGAUCAUCAGCAAUUCAUUUCCCCGGGCACUCCUUAUGUUCAUCAAAACAAUUCGGACGUUGGAGGAUAUGGUGGUUAUGGUGGAUAUGGUAGAUAUGGUAGUGAAGCACCUCCCAUUCUGGACAGUCUGUACUUAAAAAAGACGGUUUUCAACUCCUUAGAUGAACUAAAGAAACGGAUACAAGAAAUAGCAAAUGCGGAUGGUUUCGUUAUUGUCACCCGUCGAUCAAAGAAAAUCGGGGGAAGAACCGGGAGGGUAUGGCUUGAAUGUGAUCGUGGUGGUGAGCACCAGAGUACAGCAACACUUAGAAAAGCUGGAAGCAAAAAAACCGGUUGCCCGUUUUACCUGCUGGCUGUCCGAAACCACCCGUAUGAAACCUGGGAGAUAAAAGACGGAACAAUUGAACAUAACCACGAACUUUGUGAGGACCUGUCGGCCCACGCGUUUGUGCGAAGGUUUACUCCAAGCGAAAUGAAACUGAUCGAGCAGCUGACAGCUCAAAACAUGGAGCCGCGCAAAAUAUUUCAAACGAUAAGGAAGCAGGACCCCGACAGGUUUCAUGUUCAGAAAGACGUUCAAAACGUUGUAGCGAAGAUUAGAGCCGAACAAAGACAAGGAUUGACUCCCAUGCAGUCACUAGAAAAUGUGCUGAUGAAGAACGACUUUAUUUACGAGAUCCGGGAAGAACCCGGAACAGAGAUCGUAACAGAGAUCUUCUUUCUUCAUCGGGACUCGAGAGUCUUGUGGCGUGCAUUCCCCCACGUCAUGAUGAUCGAUGCAACGUACAAGACAAACAUAUACAAUAUGCCCUUUAUCCAGAUUGUUGGUAUGACGCCUACCAACAAAUCGUUUAUUAUCGCGCAUGCCGUUGUUAGUAAAGAACGGGGUGAUAACUUUGUGUGGGUGCUUGAGAGGGUUAAGGCAAUGUUGGAUGAAUGUAUGGAGCCACGUGUGAUUUUAACGGAUAGAGACCUAGCCCUUAUGGGCGCGUGUGCUAAAGUAUUUCCAGACGCCUCCAGGCUUCUUUGCAGGUGGCACAUACAACAGAAUGUUAUGAAGCACUGCAAGGGUGCCUUCACAGACGACGACUGGAAGACAUUUUUGUCAUUCUGGGGUUCAUUGAUUGAGUCUCCAUCCAUACCCAUCUACGACUACCACUUGCGCAACAUGCGAAAGCGACUUGUGGAGUGCAAACGUUCUAUAUUUAUUAUGGAGGACGAUCUGAUGCCGGGCGAUGACAUGCACAUAGAGCCGGUUCAGCAGGGUCCACGACGGAGACAGCGACCGCCUGUGGAUACGUUGCAGGGGCAUCCCUAUCUAGAGUUUCCCGACGGCACUGACGCCGCCCGUCAUUGCCAGAAGCUUAGGAGGAUGCACGUUGGAUCGCAUGCAUCGAUCGACUGGGAUGCGAUGGAGGAGAUUGCUGAGACGCCGAGAGUGCGUCGGUUUAUACCUAUCGAUUCCCCGUGGCAUCGUCUUUUUGAUUUGGCGCACACGCCGACCUACAGGGAGCUGCUGGUCGAGUUCAUUUCGUCAUUCACAUUUCACCCUCCUGGGGAGCCAGUGCCGAUUCCGUACCCAGGUGCUCCCCCUCCGCCUGAGGUUUCUUUCAGGCUUGCUGGCGUUCAGCGUUCGAUGACGCUAGCAGAGUUUGCGGUGCGCUCUGGUUUAUACAUGCAGGAGGAGAUCGAGACUGAGAUCUACACAGCGGGGCUAGUGGUGGUUGAAAAACCCACUCUUGUUGGGUUUUGGCAGGUGAUUGCGGGGGCGGAUCAUUGGGAGCAUGACAAGUCGAAGGGGAGGGUGUCGUUUGUUAGCGACCCACUAUACAGGUAUCUGCACCAUUUGCUCGCCACUUCUAUAUCAGCGCGCGGCUACAGCCGUGAGUGGUGUACGACCACAGAUCUUUUUUUCCUAUAUUGUUUGUUGUAUAGGAGGCCGUGCGCGCUAGCACACGGUCUAGCCCAGUACUUCGCCUCCGGCCAUCACCGGCAGGAGCGCGGAUUUUUGUAUGGCGGGGCGUACGUGACCGUCAUUGCCCGUUCAUUUGGCCUCGUACCACAUCAGGACCCACAUCUACGGACGCCGGCCAUCAUGCCGACGCGGAUGGGUAUGCCGUCGCUAUGGGGGAUGAGGGUUAUCAAGAGGUUCCCGGUUGGCCCGCGGUUUAAAAACCGCGAGGGGGGCGUAUGGAGAGAGGAGGACCUACCAGAGCAUUUCGAGGACGUUCAUCCUCCUGCAGAUCCUGCUGAUGUAGUGCCCGUGGAGGACCCUCCGGAGGAUCUAGACGGUGCAGCGGGGCCACAGCCACCGCCACCUGCCGGGGCACCUCAGUUUCCACGUCACGCUAUUCGAGGUGGUGCCCCAGGAGCUGCACUACAUCCGGAUGUACGAGCCAGGCUUGACAGGCUCGACGAUUUGGUAGGUUGGUUGGUACGGGCGGAGCAGGAUAGACGAGAGAGAGAGGGAUUACCCCCGAUACCGCUUCCACCGGUUCGAGCACCACAUCAGCAGCAGCAGCCGCAGCAGCAGCACCAGCCGCAGCAGCAGCAUCAGGAUUCAGAUUCGGAUUUUGAUGCAUAGACCUGUUGUUGUUUUUAUUGUUAUUGUGGAUGUACAAACUUAUCUUCUAUAUUUUUGUUAUGGAUGUAAACAGUUAUCUUAUAUAUGUCAUAUUUAUGUUUGUUUUCAGUUAUUCGGUUACUCAAUGAUUGUUCUCUUAAAUUUAGAUAAUACGGAAACAAUAUAACCCCUGAAUAUAAUACGGAAACAAUAUUUGAAAGAAAUAAAAUUUUAAUCGAAAGAAUAAUAUUUAA